UCGAACAGAGCAAUCCGUUAGUGUGUGUCCAAAGAAACCAAAGAAAGAAAAACUAUAGUCUGUAAAUCGCAUGAAAAUGGUGAAAAGUGUCUGCGAAAUGGAGUUCAAGAGCAACUUCUCCAUCGACGCCAUUCUGGCCAAGAAACCCACAAACAAAACCGCAACAUCGGCGCCGAUCAUCAAGCAUGAGCCCAUGCCCCUGCCACACCAUCACCAACACCAUCACCAGCAUUAUGUGCAUCCGUAUGGCAACUCCGAUGGGGAGCUGUCGGCUUCGGAGGAUUUCGACAGCCCCUCGCGGACCAGCACACCCAUGAGCAGUGCCGCCGAGUCGCUGUCGUCGCAGAACAACGACAAGCUGGACGUGGAGUUCGACGACGAGGAGGACCAGCUGGAGGAGGAGGAGAGCGAGGGCGAGGGCAACCCCAGCAAGAAGCAGAAGAUGAGCGGCUGCAGCAGCGACACCAAGAAGCCGCCGUACAGCUACAAUGCCCUCAUCAUGAUGGCCAUCCAGGACAGCCCCGAGCAGCGCCUGACCCUCAACGGGAUCUACCAGUACCUGAUCAACCGCUUCCCCUACUUCAAGGCCAACAAGCGGGGCUGGCAGAACUCCAUCCGCCACAACCUGAGCCUCAACAAGUGCUUCACCAAGAUCCCGCGCAGCUACGACGACCCCGGCAAGGGCAACUACUGGAUCCUGGACCCCUCUGCCGAGGAGGUCUUCAUCGGCGAGACCACCGGCAAGCUGCGCCGCAAGAAUCCCGGUGCCAGCCGCACCCGCCUCGCCGCCUACCGCCAGGCCAUCUUCUCGCCCAUGAUGCCCAGUGGCUAUGGUGCCCCCGCGCCCGGCUACGGCUACCCAGGCGUGCCCUUUGCCGGCGCUGCUGCCGCCGCCGCCGCUGCCGCUGCCGCGCUCUACCAGCGCAUGAAUCCCGCCGCCUACCAGGCGGCCCUCCACCAGCAGAUGCAGUACCAGGCUGCCGCCGCCGCCCCGCCCAGCCAUCAGCAGUCGCCGCAUCCCGCCCAGCUGCAGGGCUAUGCUCCGCACAUGAGCGCCGAGCUCUUCCAGCGGAUGCAGUUCUUCGGCAAGUUCCCCGCCAGCUAAGGAGUGCCUCCGAGGCUGCAACGCCCAGCGCUUUGGAUCCACGGGACAAGGCUUUGCCAAGCCGCCGCCGCCGUCACACAGUGGGGACUGGGGAGGCAGUGCUCCCUGCCUGCCUGCCACCUUCCCCGCAUCCUAUGACGUCUAAAUGCUGCAUUUAGCAAAUUCUUUCGGCCAUUUCGCAAACAUUUGGUCUUCAGCGGGCCCCCAUUGUCGGCCUGGAAAGUCGACAAGAAGAAAACCCCAGGAAAAAGGCCCGCUCUGGUGAGGGCCCCGCCCUCUGGUGCCGAAUGGGGGCCGAAAAAUAUAUACCUA